AUGUCGUCCCUCUCACUAGACGAGGCUGCACGGCUGUACAGCACCCUGCAUCACUUCUUUGAGGUUGCAGUGCACGCCAUCCUCUACUACCGACGACUGUAUCCAGAGCGCGCUUUUGCUUCGGCAACCGCGUUUGAUGUGCCUGUCCACCAAAGCCGGCAUCCUGCGGUGUGCGCUUGGGUACGAGCAGCCGUCGAGCAUGUCAUGAUACAGAUUGCUGGUGGAGAAACGGACGAGAACAGCUUGCCUGCGGACAAUGUCAACGCCGUUGCCGUGGUAGUCCACGCACCGUAUAAGACAACAGCUGGCAGUGCACAAGCGCACAGCCUGCCUCCAGGCGCCGUGCUGGAGCGCUGGGUGUUUGAUGUGCGUCAUCUGCCGCGUGGCUGGCCUGGCGGAGCUGAGGUACUGCGUCGUACGCAGAAAGACACUGAUAAACGUGGCCGCCAAGAUGAAGAGCGCGACCGAGAACGGCGUGGUCGGCGACGCAGACGAAUUUCGCCAGACAAGGCUGACACAGACGGAACGGAAGAGGGCCUGGGUGUUGAAAAUGGAGGGCGGUACAACUACUACGAUGAAGAAGAAGAGCUUGCCAAUGCCGAGUCUGAGGCAGAGCUGGACGAAUCGGGAUCCGCAAGCGAAGGAGCCGGAGACGAGGACGAGACGGCGGACGUUCCACAAGCAGGCAGUGCCGACGCAAUGAAUUGGAAAGACCUCAACGACCAACUACGGGGCGUUCUACAACGACUGGCCCAGGCUGGGCAGCAACUCGGCUCGCUCCCUAAUGGUUGUACCUUUACUAUGGCCAUCGAGCUCGGUGACGGAGACAGGGCCGAACAAUACUCCAAAACGCGAGAUGUGGACGCAAACUGGGUCCCAGAGGUGGGCUCGCACAGAAGAAAGUUUGGAGGCGGAUCGACAAGCGGCGUAGGUGCGUCAACAACAUCCAUACGUUCGAUUGAUAGUACGCCGUUGUUCCUCGAAUGUUGGGUAGAAGAAAGCGCCGUGAAGCAGGCGGCAGCAGAAGGAGCACCACGUGCUAAACUAGCAGCCACCGCUCGAAGUGCUGGAGAUUUGCAGCCUCCUCCUCCAGCCGCGUCUACUUCGACGGCAACAUCCAACGGCUCGUUCAGCUUUGACAAGAUUAUGGCACCGCACAGCUCCAUUAACGGUGAAGGUACACCGCAAACGAACAAAGGCAAAACGGUAUCGUUUUCUUGA